AUGUCCAACUUUCUUUUAUCGUGUAUGAGAUUGGCGGUUCUGUGUGUUAUUAUCAGUUUGUCUUUUCACACCACCACACAACCAGCAUUGGCCACAAAUUCUACAUCUUUCUACCGAUCAGAAACUCUCUAUUCGAAACCUUUAGUCAAAGAUUUAACAUUGCAAAAUGUUAAUGCUAAAGAAGCAUUCUUGCUUUCUCCUUCAGGUAUUUGUGCUGGUCAAUCUGAUGAUUUGUUUAUUUCUGACAGUAGUAGACAUGUAAUUUUUAGAAUGUUUAGUAAUGGAACAAUUAGUUUAUUUGCUGGUAUUGGCUUUGCUGGUUAUUCGAAAGAUGGAUAUUCCGCAUUGGAUAGUUUGUUUAAUUCACCUAAUGGAAUUGCCAUGUCACCAAAUGGAAAUUUGUAUAUUGCUGAUAGCCAAAAUGACAAAAUUCGUAUAGUUUCUAAUGGAAUAGUUUCAUCAAUUGAUGGUACAUUUUCUAAACCAUUGGGAGUAGCUGUUUCUGCUAAUAAUUUAGUUUACAUUGCAGAUACUGGAAAUAAUUUAAUUAAAAAGUAUGAUCCAACAACAAAAACCUUGACAACUAUUGCAGGAGGUGGUUAUUUGGAUGGAAGUUAUGAUGGGGUUGAUGCACAUAACAUUAUUCUGCAAUCUCCAAAGAAUAUUCAUGUUGUUUCGAAUGGAAAAGACGAAACUGUUUACUUUACAGAUGAAGAAAGAUUGAAGAGUGUUGAUAGCAAGGGAAAUUACAAAAUAGUUGAUGGUGGAAUAGGCCAAUCCAACUUAUAUGGAAUCUAUGUUGUUGGCUCUGAAAUUUACACAACUUCCAACACAAAUCAUUUCAUUCAAAAGAAGACUAUUGGUUCAUCCGAUACUCUUCUUUUCAUUGGUCAAGAUUCGAAUGGAAAUUACACUGGUGAUAAUUUGAAUGAUUCCUAUUCACAAGUUUCGUUUUAUGGACCUAAAUCAAUUCUUGUCAAGAACUCAAUUAUUUACAUUGCAGAUAGUAAGAAUAAUUGUAUCAGAAAGGUAGAUACCAUCAAUAAGAUUGUAACUACCAUUGCUGGAGGUUUAAUCAAUCAUGCCUUUGGAGAAUCUAUUCCAGCAUCUCAAUAUUAUUCAGAAAAUCUAGUUUCUAACACUUUCUUCUACAAGAAUGAGUUGUACUUUGUAGAGGGUACAAAUAUUCUAAGAAAGAUAUCCAAUGGACUCAUCAAAACAGUACUUGGAAGCUCACAGAAUGCGCUCACCGAAACUCUUCCAACAAGAAUUUACAUUCAACAAAUGUCUAAAAUUGGGAUCUAUGAAAAUGGAGAUAUAGUGAUACAAAUUUCUGGUAGCAAUAAUUUUGCUCUUUACAAUUUAGAAAGUCAAGUUUUUACAAAAUUUUCUUACGACACAAAUGUUGUCAUAUAUGGAAUUGCCACUUAUGGAAAAUCAUUUGCAGAAGGUUUAUUGGCACUCAGUUUUGACAGUACAAUUGCGAUCUAUAAUGGCAUUUAUUUUUAUUCUGAAUUACUACACACCUCUUUAAUUUCUAUUAAUUUGGAAAAUGAUAUUUUACAAAUUUAUUUCGUGAAUUAUCAGGAAAUUUGGAAAGUUAAGGUGAGUGAAAUGGAAAAUGCCACUCUUGUUACCACUCUCCCUUAUCCACCUUAUGCACUGCAUACAAAUAAUGGUAAAAUCUAUGCUAGUGACACUUCAAGAUUAUACGAAAUUGAAAAUGGAAAUAUUAAUAGAAUUGCUGGACUGCCAGUUUACAAUGUUUCUGGAAAUAUUUUCGAUUAUUAUGGCUAUAAUGGAGAAAAUAAGCCACUCGAUCAAACAGCUCUGCAUAUUACCAAUAUUGUUGUAAACAAUGGAGAUUUGUAUUUAACUGCCACAAAUUACAUUGGAAAAAUUUCAAAUUCUCAGUAUCAAAUAUUCUUAGGCAUGCCACCCACAAAAUCAUUGGGUAAUCUUUUUUCUCAUACUUUGGAUGAAGAAAAUGGAGUAGUAUACUUUUUGGAAAAUACAGUAAUCAAAAAGUUUGAUGAGAAAACAAAGCAAAUCAAUUCUCUUACAGAUUCUCUGAUUCUCGCACAGAUUGUGUCCAGUACCUCAUUCCCUCUUCUCUCAUUCCGAGGAAGAACCCAAUCUUCUCUUCAAUAUUCGAAAUAUGAUAAGAAACUCUAUCUUGCUGACUUUUGUAGAAUUUUACAAUUAGAUCCAUUGACAAUGAAUUACAAUGUGAUUGUUGGAGGAACUGGUUGUGGCCAAAUAACUGAUAAUACUGCUGCUUCAAAUGUCAAAUUGCCUGUAUUAUUUCAUUUUACAAUCGAUUCGAAUGGAGAAAUAUACUUGUAUACGAUGCAGGAUAUAUUCAAGAUGGACAAGAAUACUCGUGUGAUUAGAAAGCUGUUCAGUUCAGAUUAUGCUACAAGUCCUGAUGGGCCUGUCACAAAUACAACUAAAUUCGGCUAUUUCUCAUCAGUUUCUGUUAAGAUUAAUUCGAAUGGCCAAGUUUCGUAUUAUUUCUCAACUGCAACUCAAAUCAAAGUCAUUGAACAACAAUCUAAUGGAUAUUAUUUGAGAACACUUGUUGGAAAUGAUGUUUCUGGAUAUAAUGGAGACAAUAUGCCAGCACUUCAAACUUCAUUUCAAGGAAUAUCUUCCUUUUUUUUAAAAUCAAAUGGUGAUAUUCUAAUUAUGGAAGAUAAAUUAGUCAGAAUUUAUGUUAAAAGUGAGGCAAUUGUCAAGAUUAUUGCUGGAACUCCAAAUCAAUCCUCAUCAUUCUGGCUUCCUGAUAGAGAUCCAAAGGAUAUUUCAUUUAUGGCAUUGAGGGGAUUGGUUGUCAAUGAAAAGACAAGCGACAUUUAUGUUAGUGAUAGAAAUUCCGGCAUUAGAAAGUUUAAGAAUGUUGUAGUUACCAGUAGUCCUUCGAUUUUUAUUGAACCAAGUAGAUCAUCUAGAAUGGUAGUUUCCGGAUCAGGUAAUUUAAUAAUUAUGGAAAUUAUUGCAAUGAUGAUUGCAUUCCUACAUUUAAUAUUGUAAAAUUAGAGAAAUUAUGUACAUCUUUAUAAUUGUAGUGAAUAUAUAAAUAUUAUAGGAUUUC